AUGAAUCCACUGAGCCAAUCCGCCCUGGUGCCGUUACGAAAAAAGGCAAAAAUGGCACCUAUAUCACAAUCAUUCUGCCAACAUAAUGUCAAAUUCAAAGAAAUUGUCUUGUUUCUUGUGGAGAGGAAAAUGGGGUCAAGCAGGAGAACGUUCUUAAUGGAGCUAGCACGCAAAAGAGGUUUCCAAACUGAAAUUGAAUUAAGUGACUCCGUCACACAUAUCGUAGCUGAGAACAAUUCUGGUGCAGAAGUUUUGGAGUGGCUGCAAUCUAAAAAGCUGGGCUUCACAGUCAAAACUCACAUAUUGGAUAUCUCUUGGUUCACGGAGUGCAUGGAAGCAGGGCGCCCUGUUGAAAUCCAAAACAGACACUUGCUUCCGGUACAACAAGAUUGUUCUGCCAAUUUCAAUCCACCGCUCUCUUCGUCAUGUGUCCAAGUCUCACAAUAUGCGUGCCAGAGAUGUACAACCUUACAAGACACCAACAGAAUAUUCACGGACGCCUUUGACAUUUUGGCUGAGCAUUUUGAGUUCUGUGAAAAUAAAGGACGGACGGUUGCAUUUCUAAGGGCAUCAUCCCUCAUAAAAUCCCUUCCGUUUCCCAUAACAGCGAUGAAGGAAUUAGAAGGGUUGCCCUGGCUGGGAGAUCAGAUGAAAGGCAUCAUUGAGGAAAUUCUUGAAGAGGGAAAAUCUUACAAAGUUUUAGAAGUAAUGAAUGAGGAACGCUAUAAGUCCUUCAAGCAGUUCACAUCAGUCUUCGGCGUGGGCUUGAAAACCUCGGAUAAGUGGUUCAGAAUGGGCUUUCGUACACUUGAGGAAAUAAAAAAUGAGAAGGAGCUGAAAUUAACAAAAAUGCAGAAAUGCGGGCUUCUUUAUUAUGAGGAUAUUACAAGCUAUGUAUCCAGGGCAGAAGCAGAGACUACUGAACAACUUAUAAAGAGCAUUGUCUGGAAAUUUGUACCUGAUGCUAUUGUGACAUUAACUGGGGGCUUCAGAAGAGGCAAGAAAAAGGGCCAUGAUGUGGACAUUUUAAUAACUUGUGCAAGAAAAGGAAAGGAAAAAAACAUUUUACACAAUACAAUGUCUGUGCUGAAAAAUCGGGGACUUCUUCUUUUUUACAAUAUCAUCGAAUCAACAUUUGAUGAAACCAAACUUCCCAGUAGACAUGUGGAUGCCCUUGACCAUUUUCAAAAGUGCUUUACUAUUCUUAAACUUCCAAAAAGACAAAUGGACAUAGGUAAUAUAAUAGAUCCCCAUGAAUGUGAGAGAAAAAACUGGAAGGCUGUCCGACUGGAUCUAGUUAUUACUCCAUAUGAACAGUAUCCGUAUGCUCUCCUUGGAUGGACUGGCUCCAGGCAGUUUGAGCGGGAUUUACGGAGAUAUGCUACCCACGAGAAAAGGAUGAUGCUGGAUAACCAUGGCCUUUAUGAUAAAACCAAGAACAAUUUUCUCAAAGCCAACAAUGAAGAAGACAUCUUUAAACAGCUUGGAUUGGAUUACCUCGAACCAUGGGAAAGAAAUGCAUGA